AUGGAUACUGCAGCAGGUCCAAGUCUCUAUCCAUUGCAUCAUAGCAAAACUAUUCACCUGGUAAGGCAUGCCCAAGGAGUUCAUAAUGUAGAAGGAGAAAAGAACCAUGAUGCGUACUUAUCUUAUGAUUAUUUUGAUGCAAACCUAACCCCUCUUGGCUGGAAGCAGGUUGAAAAUCUGCAAAAGCAUGUGAAGGCUAAUGGACUUCCCAAAAAAAUUGAACUAGUUGUGGUUUCCCCAUUGUUAAGGACAAUGCAAACAGCUGUUGGAGUCUUUGGUGGGGAAGCAUAG